CUGACGCUUACGAGCGACGUUGUCGCUGAAGCAGGAAUCAAUUGCACGCGCACCAUCAGCGAGGACGGUUGUGAAAUAAGAACUCUUCUCAGACGACGCGAGCUGUGUUGUUAAACUGAUAUCUCGUAGUAGAGUUUUGGUUCGGUAAAGUUUGUUGGUGCUUCUUGUGUCUCUGUGCUAUGUGUUUUUUAUUUGUUAACUGCAAAACCAUUGCUUGCAAUGUAGAGACGAUAGACAAAGUGCUGAACGUAACGAACAAAAACUAAUUGUGUGUUUUAACUGCAAAGAGACAUGCAGAAAAUAUACCAGAAAAAGCAUUUCGAGUGCUGUUGCUGUCGCCGUUGUAAACUUAAAAGCCGAAAUGCUACGCAGAUGCCGUUUUGGUGGGUGCGGCAGCCGCUGAUCUUGAAGUCGCGCUGAGGCCGAGGCCGAGGCCAAACUUCACAACGUGGACCUAACGGUGCAGCAAGUGCAGCAGCACGACAAGGAAAGAGUCAGCGCAACAGCCAUUGCAUUUCUUUUGAUUGCUUGUGUAUCAUCUUUGGGGAUCUUGGAAACCGCCUGCGCCUGCGCCCACUCGUCCGUUAAAAUUUUCGUCGCCGAAAUGGUUUUCUUUUGCGCUUAACGCAAUUUUUUUCGGCGGUGAGGACUAAGAUGGCAGACGUAGUCUAUGCACUCAAAAGCUCUGAAAAUUGUGAACAAACUGGGUACAGUUGUGUCCUAUAAGCAUGGAAAAUCCGGUGGAAUUGAACGUGAAAAUGGAGAGUACCUUGUCCCCGCUGCUGCAGGCGCAGAUCACAUCGCUGCCUGUCCAUCAGCCCAAGGGUCGAGGUCGUCCACGCGCCUCCUACGCACAGACCGGUGAAUUCGAUUUGGGUCUGAUACGUGAAUAUCGUUCGCGCCCAGCGCUUUACGAUCGAUCGAAUAAGCGAUUCAAGGAUAAGAUACACGUUGCCCAGCUAUGGAUGCAAAUCUCUCACAAACUGGGCUAUGAUGUUUCCAUAUUACGCGAUCGUAUGAUUACGCUGCGUAAUCGGUAUAAUAUUGAGAAGCGACGCGUGGAAAACAAUGCGCUGCCCAAUUCAGCUAGCCAGUGGCCUUUGUAUGAUAAUCUGAGUUUCCUCUCGGACCACAUACGUACCAGACGCUCGUAUAAGACGCAAUGCAAAUCGCUGGACGGGCAGCCCGAAGAUGAGGACGAUGAGGAACCCUUCGAUGUGGAUGAUGUGAACAGCGAAAGCAAUGAGCCACCCAAAUGCAUCAAACAUGAACUGGAUGCUGACUAUGAAGAUAUGGAGGAUUUUGACUGCGAUGGACAGCUGCCGGUGACCACGAUGCUCAGCAUACCGAACAGCAGCACGCCCAUAAAUGGCAUCAGCAGCAACAGCUGCAACAACAAUAGCAACAUACUAAGUGACAAAGCAGCGCAGCAGCAAGCAUCCAAUUGUCGCCAGCCGGAGCAGUUGUUGCGCGUGGCUAAGCCGAAGCGUUCGCCGCUGGCGUUGGAAGAGGACGCGCCACCAGCUAAACGACGUUUAGAAGAAGGUCAAACAUGUGCAGCAGCAACUACAGCGACAGCAGCAGCAACUACAACUGUGGCAGCAUCAGUUGCCACAGCGACGACAGCUGCUUCAACCACAUAUGCAAAGUUUCGAGCUUUCGGUGAAUUUGUUUCGCAUUCGCUAAACGAGCUGCCUCAUGCAAUGUCCAUGCGGCUGAUAGAAAAAUUCACGCGCGAACUAGUCCAAGCGUCCAUUGCGAACGAGCAAUGUCAGCUGCAGAAGCUCAAAUCCCUGGAAAUCAGCAGCACGGACGAAGAGGAAGAUUAGCAGAGAGACCUAAUGACGAUUAAGGCAAACCAAAAAUAAUACAAAUGUAAUUUUAACUAAUUUUAAAACUAGA